UGGGCGGCACCCUGUGGCUCACAGAUCCUUGAAAGGGUUUUGGUUUUGACUGAGCAGAACGGGGCCAUCGCAGAUCAACACGCACUUUAAUCAAAACCCCUAUCUUUCCCCUGGGAAGGAGGAGGCCGAGGAAGGCUGUGUUUCUGACUCACACGGGGGAGUUGGGGGAGUCGUAAACAACCCUGGAGAGAACAGCCAGGCCUGCCGCCAGUUCCCGAAAGCCCAGACAAUGCCGGUGGAGGAAUUUGUGGCUGGCUGGAUCUCUGGAGCUCUGGGCUUGGUCCUGGGACACCCGUUUGACACUGUAAAGGUGCGGCUGCAGACCCAGACCACCUACCGGGGCAUCGUUGAUUGCAUGGUCAAGAUUUACCGCCAUGAGUCCCUCCUGGGCUUCUUCAAGGGAAUGAGCUUCCCCAUUGCCAGCAUAGCUGUGGUCAACUCUGUCCUGUUUGGGGUCUAUAGCAACACCCUACUGGUGCUCACGGCCACCUCCCACCGGGAGCGGCGGGCCCAACCGCCCAGCUACACGCACAUCUUCCUAGCGGGCUGCACCGGGGGGUUCCUGCAGGCCUACUGUCUGGCUCCUUUUGACCUCAUCAAAGUCCGGCUACAAAACCAGACAGAGCCAAGGGCCCAGCCAGGGAGCCCCCCACCCCGGUACCAGGGGCCGGUGCACUGUGCAGCCUCCAUCUUCCGGGAGGAGGGGCCCCGGGGGCUGUUCCGAGGAGCCUGGGCCUUGACGCUGAGGGACACCCCCACGAUGGGGAUCUACUUCAUCACCUAUGAAGGGCUCUGUCGCCAGUACACACCAGAAGGCCAGAAUCCCAGCUCAGCCACAGUGCUGGUGGCAGGGGGCUUUGCAGGCAUUGCUUCCUGGGUGGCAGCCACGCCCUUAGACGUGAUCAAGUCCCGGAUGCAGAUGGAUGGACUGAGACGCAGAGUGUACCAAGGGAUGCUGGACUGCAUGGUGAGCAGCGUCCGGCAGGAAGGACUGGGGGUCUUCUUCCGGGGGGUCACCAUCAACAGUGCCCGCGCCUUUCCCGUCAAUGCUGUCACCUUCCUCAGCUACGAAUAUCUCCUCCGCUGGUGGGGAUGAGCCCUGUGGCAAUGCCAGCAGCUCCCCAUCAGGCCCAUGGCCCAGAGGCCAGUUUGAGAUUGGAGGCCAGGUUGAAAGCUUGCAAAUCAGUGCAAGGGGCUCAGCCCUUCUAACCAAGGUGCCUCCCACCCGUGCAGAUCUGGGCUGGGCAGACACCUGUGGGAGCCGGAAGCCAGGGGCCUGUGCAGCCUCCCUGUGUAGCUGGCCUUGACUCCUUUGCCUCCCACAUCUGUGAAACAGGGAGCAUGAGGCACAAGUGAGCUGGCAAGUGGUGCUGGUGACAUCCCAGCCCCUGUCCUGUGCCUUCACCUCUUUUUUUUUUUUUUUUUUUUUUUUUUUUUUGAGAUGGAGUCUUGCUCUGUCACCCAGGCUGGAGUGCAGUGGUGUGAUCUCAGCUCACUGCAACCUCCGCCUUUCCACCUUCUGGGUUCAAGCAACUGUCCUGCCUCAGCUUCCCAAGUAGCUGGGACUAUAGGCGCUCACCACCACGCCUGGCUAAUUGUUUGUAUUUUUAGUAGAGACAGGGUUUCACCAUGUUAGCCAGAAUGAUCUCGAUCUUCUGACUUCGUGAUCUGCCCGCAUCGGCCUCCCAAAGUGCUGGGAUUACAGGCAUGAGCCACCGCACCCGGCCACCUUCACCUCUUAAGGAGCUCUGAGACUCCGCUUCUGAGAGUCCCUGCUGCCUCCCACCUCCCUGCCUUUCAAAGCUCUCUCUCCCCCAUGACCCAGGAUAACCCUAGGUCUCCUCUCCCAGAAUCCUUCAGUGGCUCUCAUCACCUUCAGGAAAAGCCCAAACUCCUUCCACCCUCCAGGUUCCUCCCUCCCCACGAGGCUUUGUUCUCCUAGGGUUGCUUCCUGGACGCUGAACAAGUUGUGCUCUCAUUGCCCGGGCCUGGCCAGCAGUGCACAGUGGCCGGCAGGGUGACUCCACCAUCCCCCGGGCUGGCCCCGCUCUCCUCUGAGACCCAGGCUGAGCCCGGUCUCCUCGCCCUUCCUUGACUUACCUCCCCACCUGAGGCUGACUGGGGUUCCCAGACACCCCACCCGCACACAUGCCUUGAUCAUAGCACUUGCCUGCGCUUCUUCUGAGUCGUUAAUUUGCUUCUCGGCUUCCCCACUGGACUGUGAGCUCCCUGAGGUCAGGGAUUGCGCUUUGGGUGGUUUCCAGCCUGAGCCUGGUGCUUGAACAGACGUGUGCAAUAAAUGCUUGUUAAAUGAUA